AAGUUUUUGAAAUAUAAUGGAUAGAGCUGAAGCCUUCGGCACUAGCAAAGUUGUGGUGGAUAAGAUAAAAGCAAGAGAAAGGCAGAAGCACCUGAACGAGAUCAGAUGAGCCAAGAGCCUAUUGGACAAUUCAGUACCUGGCUCCAUGCGGCUAAGAAAAGGUAACCCGAAGAAGGAAAGAAUGCUAGAGGAGAGGUAUACUGAGAUAGAACGAGCAAAUAGGAUACUUUUGGAGAAAAUGGCUAAUAUUAUUGGAACAAAAAACCCAGUACAUCAUAAUUUGAGACAGCAGCCUACUAAAUUAAGUUCUAGCUUUUUCAUGCCAGGACUUAAUGUGAAGCCUUCUUUGAAUAGUGAUAAAAGAAAAAGAGAACUUAACAGAAUUAAUUUUGAAAAUAAUAAAUUGCUAAGAAGACUUCAGAGCAAGAAACCAACCUAUGACAUUGUCCGAUGGGCCAAGGAUAGGAGGAAGAAUGAAAAGAUUAUUCAGAAUAUAUCUGCCUAUCCUCACAUUAUUGGCAAAAGAAACCAAAGCGUUCCUAAGAAAAGACUUAUUAAAAUAAAGCAUUCUGCCAAUACCACUCAUGAACCUCAUGGGAAAAUGGUGUUCCCAGGAGCGAAGCGAAUGAAGAGUAUCGGAGAUGAUAGCGGAGAAGAUUUGAUCACGAACCAAUCAAAUAAUGAUGCACUUAAUAGAACAAAUAUGACUGGGGUGUCCAAGCCGCCGUUAUCCAUCAAUACCUCUAGCGAUAUGCACAAGGUGCGUCCCUUUCCCACUCAAGCCAAUUCUGUAUCAUCCCAAAGAAUCCUUCUCUUUGAAAAGAAGCAGAGAAUCGGGAAGAAUGAUUAUCUAGUAGAGAUUUCAAGGGACAAAUUACAUUUGUUUAUUAUUGCUUUUCUAAUCGAGAAUCCAAAGUAUUUUACAUUACAGUUGCCCAUGAAACAGGCUUUCAAACUGCUGCUCGAUCUUGAUAACAGCUUUGAAGCUUUAAUUGACCUACUCUACUUCAAGCAUGGAAGCUUGGUGCUGCCUGAUAUUUUCAGGCCGCAAUUUUCACCAAGAAAUAUGGGAAUUGCUGCUAAGACAACAAAUAAUAAAGACUUUCCUAAGUACAAAGGGUUUGGGAGUAACAUGAAUUCAAAAGGGACUAUCUCAGAAGCUACUGCUUCGAGACCAGCUUUGGAAAAUACUGAGUUCGUCAAACCUCUUGGCUCCACAACACAGAAGGAAAAACCUGUAGGCAUGAACAGUGACCAAAAGUCCUCGAAUCCUCAUGAGGAAGAAAAAGACGAGAAUGAUGACUACAAGCAUGAUUUUAAAUCUUAG